AUGAGGAAUAUAUUUAGUUAUUUUUAUGGAACGCCAGUAUUCUUUAUUUUAAUGCAUAGGCUAAUAAAACAGGGACUGAGUUAAAGAUGGACCAAACAUAUGAAACAUUUAAUUUUGAAUUUACCUCAAAUGAGCAUGUUCCAAUUUAUGAAAAAUGGACAAAAGGAGAGGAACAAGAAUAUAUAGGUGUGUAUAUGAAUAAAUUAGAUAUCAAAUUGCAAGCAAUAGAAAACAUUUAUUUAGAUAACUAUGACUAAUAGCUAAAACAACCAGAAGAAAUUAAUCUAAUAGAUUAUAUAGUUUAAGAGAAUGAUACUCUCUUUGGACUGGAACUCAAAUUUAAUAUUAAGUAUUGAAGUCUUUUCAUGUUAAGUUAAAAAAGAAUAUUGUAGUUAAAUGACAUAUCUCCAGAGUGUUUUGUACCUGGGAUGAGAAUUAAACUUCCCAAUCCAUAGGAACAAGAAAUCCAGUAAGAUUAAACAGAAAAUGAUCAUGAUACUCCUAAUCAGAACCAAUCCUCAUAUUUUGGGAGAAAUUUGAUGGAUGAAAUAAUGUCUAAGGGAUAAACCAAGAAAUGUAUGCAAUUCACAUAAGAAUCAUAUUAGUUAAUGUGUUUUAUUUGACCCACUAUGGAUGCAUAGAAGGAAUAUUAACAAUAAAUAAUGAUGUUAUUCUCUUUGAUCCUAGUUUCAUCGAUCAGAAUAAAGAAAUAGUUAAAAAAUGUCAAAGUAAUAAAAUAUUAGAUAAAAGAAUAAAGCAUUCUUAAUUUUUAAGCAUGUAUGAUGACAAAAGAUGUGCGAUCUGUAGACUUAAAUGAGUUGCCUAUGAGAAUUGCCAAAAGUUCGAAUAAGUGUUUUAAGGAUUAUGUCAUCCUCAUCCAUGUUAAUUCUAAUGUGACAACUAAAAAGUUGGUUGAGAUUAUCCCAAUCUUGAGUUUCAGAGUAUGUUUUGAACCCUAUGAUAGAUAUAAAAUGAUUAAAAUCAAAAGGAACAUAUACAAUUAAGUGUCGAUUUAUAUGAAACUCUAAAACAAGUUGUGAGAACUAAAUCUUAAAGAAUGUUAGAAGAUCUAUAACAAUCAAAAGAGCAAAACCUAACUAUCAUUCCCUUUUAUGAUAUUCAAGACUCGUUAUUAACUGAAAAACUAUUGAAAAGAACAAAUAAUUUAUGGGGAGCAUAAGAUUAUUUGCCAUAGAUGAUGUAAUAAUCAUAAAUUUGUGAUAAUGAUGAAUUAAUUUAAGUAAGGCAACUCUAAUUAUAUUUCAGAUUAUAGCACAUGUUCCUUCAAUCUACAAGACUUCAAAUUGGAAAUUAAUUUUCUCAAAUGUUAUUAAUGGUUCAUCAUUUCACACUUUGCUUCAUAAAUGUGAAAACAGAUCCCCAUUAAUAUUGGCAAUCAAAGAUGUACAUGAAUGCAAAUUUGGAGCCUAUUUAAAUGAAUCUCUAAAGUUAACAUUCGGGAAAUUCUUUGGUAAUGGGGAGACAUUUUUAUGGACUUUAAAAGUAUUUAUUGAAUGAUGAUGUUAGGAAAACGAGUUUAAAGCAUACAGAUGGUCAGAAAUAAAUAACUAUUUUAUAUUUUGCGAAUCAGAUGGAUUUGCUAUUGGAUGUGGAGAUUAAUUUGGCCUCUACAUUAAUCAUUCCUUGACAGCAGGCAAUACAAACAAAUGCGAGACUUAUAAAAAUGAAAUAUUAACACUCACUAAUGAUUUUAGUAUUAAAAUACUUGAAAUAUGGAGUUUAAGUGAAUGAUAAAAAC